UAACAGAUUGCACAUGAAGUGGUCCAGCAGUAGCAUUGAAAUGUAUUUUUGUAAAUUCUCGACUAUUUGUGUUAAUCAUAUUAUUUAAUGUCAUAAGAUACGAUGGAUAUACGGCAGGGCCUUAUGAAAAAAGCAUUUUUUCUGUACAGUGUGGCUCUUGCUUUAUUGAUGAUGUAUGUUGUACUCGAUUACCAAUGGGAAUUGGAGUCCAUGGAGAAAACUAUCGAUGAGUUGCGAUUACAUCUACAAAAACUAUCACGUAGACGAGAUGCCAGCUUUAAUUAUGAUAAAGACAUUUAUAAAAUACUUGGACAGCAGGUUCACGAGGCAAAAAGAUGCGAUUUGCAAAGAGCUUCAUUGAGAUUGGGGCAAGCUAUUCGGAAAAAGAAAAUCAAAAACCCGUUAAAAAUUUGGGAAGAAGUUGCUCGUCCAUCCAUAUUGUUGCAUGCAGAGAAAAUGGAAGCUUCGGAUGAAAAUUCAGAAUCAAAAGAGAGUCGCAGAAUCACUGGGUGGAGACCUGUAAUAGAGCAAUGUUGUUCAGGAAUACAUCCAGUCCUUCGUAACAGAAGUAGGGUCGAAAUAAUGAUGUCAGGAAACUACUACGUUUUCAGCCAAUUGCCAUUAUUUCGUCAUGAUGGAAUUAAAAAUUCCGAAGUUUAUCGACACGUUGUGGAAAUGAAAGAGUACGGAGACUCAGAAGUUUUUCAACUUAUGAUUAACUCAUUCCAAUUUUCGAGCAAACCUGUAGAAGUAUCCUAUCAAGCAGGCGUGUUUUAUUUGGAUGCGGGUAGUAUUCUACAAGUAUCUAUGACCAGUCCUUUACUCAACCAACAUAUUGAGAAAUUUGGAGUCCGUGACAGGAUGGAGUUUGGACUAUAUCUACUUUGAGUGAAACUAUGUUUCUAUCAAUAGAAAUGAUUAUAUUAUAGAAUGCGUAAUACAUAAAGAGCAAGAAUAUUAAAUGAAUGACAACGAAUAAACAGGCCAUAAAUUGAGUAAAACAAGACUGAGGAAAUAUGAAA